AUGAAGCCUAUCUUGGUCCUAUCUGUUCUUGUGGCGCUGGCCUAUGGACGUCCAGAACCGCCUUCUGGUUACAAUUACCCAUCGCCAUCAAGUAGGUACGGAGCUCCUUCAGGAGGCCAAGACCAAGGAAGAUCCAGGUCCAAUGGGCAAACCGGCUCUGGAUUUGGUGGUGGUUCAGGAUUUGGAGGUGGUUUUGGAAGUGGAUCAGCAGGUUCCUUCGCCAGUGGAAGUACUUCCGCAAGCUCUGGACAAUCCAGCUCAGGUGCAGGAUUCGGCCAAUCCGGAAGGUCGUCCUCUGGAGGCGCAUCUUCAGACAGCAUAACCAUCAACAAACACAUAUACGUACACGUCCCACCACCAGAACUGGAGGACGAACAUCAACAAAAAGCACGAGUCAACGUGCCACCUCCACAGAAAAACUACAAGAUCAUCUUCAUCAAAGCUCCGAACACUGCUGCAGCUAGUGUACCUAAAAUUCCUCCGAUCCCGCAGAAUGAAGAAAAGACUCUCGUCUACGUCUUGGUGAAGAAACCCGAAGAGCAAACUGAAAUCGAAAUCCCAACAGCGGCACCUACGGAACCAUCCAGGCCAGAGGUCUACUUCAUCAAAUACAAGACUCAAAAGGAAUCGAAUGGGCAACAAGGCGCUGCUGAAGGUGAUGAUGACACCGUGGAAGUUGGAGCUCGUGAAGGUGCUCGACAAGCUGGUGGUCAACAGGGUGGAGCUUCAGGUGGAGGCUACUCUUACAGUUCAUCAAGGACUACCUCCUCCAACGAGUUACUUGCCGCAUGCGCGGUACUCGUUCACGGUCGUCCAGAACCUCCAUCUGGCUACCAGUACUCUGCACCACCUUCUAGCCAAUACGGAGCGCCAUCUGGCGGCGGCGGUGGCGGCGGAUUUGGCCAAGGCGGCGGUUUUGGUGCGUCCGGCUCAGGCGGCGGAUUCGGAGGAGGUUCCGGUGGUGGUUUCGCAGGCGGUGGAUUCGGAGGUGGCUCAGGAGGCGGCUCUGGUGGUGGAUUCGGAGGCGGUUCAGGCGGCGGCUUCGGAGGCGGUUCAGGCGGCGGAUUCGGAAGCGGUUCAGGAGGCGGAUUCGGAGGCGGUUCAGGAGGCGGAUUCGGAGGCGGUUCAGGAGGCGGGUCCGGGGGCGACUCCGGAGCUGGAGGCGGAUCCGAGGGCACCAUCACCAUCACCAAGAACGUUUACGUUCAUGUAGCACCCCCAGAGGAAGAGGAACAACAACCCAAGGCAAAGGUCAACCUUCCCCCUCCACAGAAACACUACAAAAUCAUCUUCAUCAAGGCGCCGACCGCUCCAACUCCAACCGUUCCUGAGAUUCCUCCAAUACCUCAAAACGAAGAGAAGACUCUCGUCUACGUGCUGGUGAAGAAACCCGAAGAGCAACCAGAGAUAGAGAUCCCCACUCCUAAACCUACCGAACCCUCCAAACCAGAAGUGUACUUCAUCAAGUAUAAGACCCAGAAAGAUGAAUCUGGUGGUCAAGGAAAUGGCGGUGGAAACGGUGGUGGAAAUAGCGGUGGAAAUGGUGGUGGAAAUGGCGGUGGAAACGGCGGUGGAAGCGGAGACGCGGGGAGUUAUUCCCAAGGGGGUGCAUCUUCUGGGGGUGGAUCAGGCUACUCGCAAGGGGGCUCUUCUGGUAGCUCUUACAGCUCUGCCGGCGGGUCUGGCAGUGGUUUGUCUAGUCAAUAUGGCCCACCUGGUUCGCAUUAA